UUUACCAGGUUUGAGAUCUAAUCCAUUUCAGCCGGGCAGCAUAAAUUGAUGAGUCUGCGUGCUGCCUGCAAGAACGCAUCUGUAGGUGUGUGAGAUCCUAUCCUCCAGUUCAUUCCUUAGCGAAGCGAGCAUCCUGAGGAUGGGGGAAAUUUCUUACCGGCGGUUUGAUACCCAGUAACGACAGUCAGAUGCCUCUGGAUGAUGAACCAGCCACAGUGUGAAGGCUUUUCAGGACAGCCCCAUCCAGGAAGAAGCUCUGUGAUGUGUGGGUCGUGAGUUUGCUCAAGCAAGUCAGACUCUUCACAAGGAAUAGCGAGACGUGGGGACUGGGAUGGAAGAGCUGGCACCAGUAGAAGUCCAGGGACAGCUCCCAAGCCCCCACCAGGGCUCUCUGAGGAAGGCCAUGGCCGCUGCCCUCGCCCUGGAUGGGGAAUCCACAAUGGGUCGCCGGAAAAAGAAGAGGAAAGAGUCCCGCCCAGAAUCUAUCAUCAUCUACCGGUCAGAAAAUGAGAAACUGGACGAGGAGCCUGGGGAAUCAGAAGGUGGAGACCGACCUAAAGAAGAGGAGGGGGAUGAUUUCCUAGACUAUCCUGCAGAUGAUGGUAUGUGGAACAUGCCUUUGGACAGCCGCUAUGUCACACUAACCGGGACCAUUACUCGAGGGAAGAAAAAGGGCCAGAUGGUGGACAUCCACGUCACAUUGACGGAGAAGGAGCUGCAAGAAUUGACGAAGCCAAAAGGGUCAUCAAGAGAAGUAACGCCCGAAGACAGAAAGGCCUGCCAAAUGGGAGUUGACCGUGGGCCCCACGUGGUCCUUUGGACGCUGGUCUGCCUGCCUGUAGUCUUUAUCCUCUCUUUUGUUGUCUCAUUCUACUAUGGCACGAUCACCUGGUACAACAUCUUCCUCGUGUACAACGAGGAGAGGACCUUCUGGCACAAGAUCUCAUGUUGCCCCUGCCUCAUUCUCUUCUAUCCAGUGCUCAUCAUGGCCAUGGCCUCUUCCCUGGGCCUCUAUGCUGCUGUGGUCCAGCUCUCAUGGUCCUGGGGAGCAUGGUGGCAAGCUGCCCGGGACAUGGAGAAAGGCUUCUGUGGCUGGCUCUGCAGCAAGCUGGGCCUGGAGGACUGUUCUCCCUACAGCAUCGUAGAGUUGCUUGAAUCUGACAAUAUCUCAGGCACUCUCUCCAACAAGGACUCCGCCCAGGAAGUAGAAACUUCCACCGUCUAAACUUCCAAGAACUUAUUUCCUUCUGUGGUCCCAAUAGCCUAUAUAUCAUCUUCCAAUUCCAGAAGAUUUGUUCUUGACAUUAGCCCCCUACCCCUCUCAGUUCUGGAAAAUUCUAGCCCACACUCUUCUGUCCUACCAUCUUGAUGGUUCCAGGAGAGCAGGGAACAGAAAAGCAAUUUAUGCCAAAGCGAUCCAGCCAUGGGUGAAUUCUUCUCAUUCCUUGCUCUAAAAUGACCAUUUAUCUGGGACAGGAAGCUUAGUUGUGUGUAAGUUCAGGAGCUUGAAGAUACUGGUGCCUGGAACCCAGGGGAGUAUGUGACUCAAGGUGACAGGGUGAAAAGGGAGGCUCCAGGGAGACCAAGUUCACCAAAAAGAAGUAGGAUGGAGAGAAACAGGAAGCAGGGCUACCACAGUGUAGCCGGGAUAGUGUAGUAAAGAUCUGUGUGUACCACUUAGAUUUUGAUUUAGUGGCAUAUGAUUAAAACCUUAAAAUAUCUGUAGUUCAAAUAAGAUGGAAGAUUCUUUACUUCUUGUGCAGAAGUCUGGAGGCAGACCAUCAGGGGACCUGAUGAAGUCAUCCAAAUCCCAGGCUUGAUUCCCCUACCAUUAGUAGGAGGUAGCCCUCUUUGUCCUUGUCUUCAACACCUCUGUGCUGACUCCAGCUCCGGCCAUCACACCCACCUUUCUGGCAGGGCAGAGGAAAGGGCAAAGUGCCUAUCUUCCCUGUUUAAGGAGACUUCCCAGAAGUGUCACUCAACAGUUCUUGGAUCUUAUUGGCCAGACCUUAGUCACAUGACCUCACAAGCGCAAGAGACUGGGAAAUGUCUUUUGGUUGGGCAGCUAUAUUCUAGGCUAAAUUUUUCGGUUCUGCUAAUUUAAGCAAAAAAAGAAACAUGGCUAUUUCGGCAGGCAUGAAAGAAUCUCUGCCUCACAGUAAUUACUUAAAUAUAUCCAGAUCCCAACGUGCUAAUAUAGUUUUAUUUAUUUAUUUAUUUAUUUAUUUAUUUAUUUAUUUAUUUAGGCCUGAAUGUUACACAGAGAAUUUAUACAUAGAUACUAGCUAUAUAUACUAUGUAUAUGCUAUAAAUAGAUAUUAGCAGCUCAUGUACUUUGCAAUUAGUCUGUAAUGUCAUGUGGUUUCAGGGUUUUUAGGAAGGAAGAGUGAACAGUUGAAUGCAAUUGGUAGCAUAACUUUUUUCCUGGUAGUGAAGGCAGGACUGGGCAGUGAUAUUUAAUCUAAUCUACAUAUUAACGAUUGUGUAGGGAGGGAUUGAAAACUUCCCCCAACAGGGAUCAGUAGCCCUAAGCAUGUAGAAGACAGAGUUAGCUUUCUGUCUUUUGGCAAGACCUCACUUACAGCCUCACUCACUCAGACCUUUCUGGAGUUUAAGGAACAGUGGCUUUCCACUGUGAAGCUUGUGUCUUCCUGGCCACUAGGGGGUGUAAGCCAGAUGAAUACAGUUUGAUAGAAUCUGAACCUUUUUUCCUUUUUUUAAGGUUAUUUAUUUAUUUUGAGAGAGAGAGAG